CAGAAUUCAGGACAGAAAAGUCACGUGGCUUUGUUUUUGUCGUUGCAGUGCGCAUGCGCGGUUCACUCUCUACUGAAGUGAAACAGAACAACGUCAAUGUGACUACUUAUAAACUUUAUGCUUUUAUUAAUGGAAGUGUGUCUUACAGACGACCCCUGCAGUACACCGAGGAUUGUGGACGUCUGACGGAGAUCUGAGCACCAGAGUCGGGUUAGAAAACAAGAGAUUAAAGCAGAUUAAUGUCGCUGGAGGACUAGAGUAACGAAAGAGUGAACCAGCAGCACACACACACACACACACACACACACACACACACACACACACACACACACACAGUGAGGAGACCAUGUGGUGGUUCCAGCAGGGUCUGUGCUUCCUGCCUGCAGCGCUGGUCAUCUGGACAGCGGCGUCUUUUGUCUUUGCCUACAUCACUGCGGUGGUGCUGAGACAUGUGGAUCCUCUGGUGCCUUACAUCAGUGACACAGGAACGAUGGCACCAGAGAGGUGUGUGUUCGGCAUCAUGCUGGAUGUGUCCUCCUUUUUAGGUAUGGCCACGGUGUACGUGCGGUACAAACAGGUGGAGGCUCUGACAGGUGAAGGCGAGCUCAAACUGAACAGACUGAACCGUUGUGGGCUGCUGCUCGGCUUGAUCAGCUCCUUCGGGAUGUGCGUGGUCGCUAACUUCCAGAAGACCACGCUGUUCUCCAUGCACCUGGUGGGGGCGGUGCUGACCUUCGGGAUCGGGGCUCUCUACAUCGUGGUUCAGACGCUGCUCUCGCACAAGAUGCAGCCUCACAUCCACAGCAGGACCACCUACCUGGCCCGGGUCGGCAUCGGACUCUGGACCCUGAGCAGCAUCAUCAGCAUGUUCGUAUCAUCAGUCAUCAUGUACAGCAGUCUGGUGGGAGUGGACGUACCUCGCAAACUGCACUGGAUUCCUGGAGAGACGGGUUACACGGCUCACAUUAUCAGCACCAUCUCUGAAUGGUCUCUGGCCUUCUCCUUCAUCAGCUUCUUCCUCACCUACAUCAGAGAUUUUCAGAAAAUUAAUCUGCGAGCAGAAGCAGAAUUGCAGAGCAACCACCUAUACGACUCCUGGCCACACGCUGGCGUCACAGCGUCACUUCACAAACGUGACGCCUAUGAGUCGUCUCCACUGCUGGCAGGAGGAACGUGACCGGCUGCAGAGCAUCCUCCUGCUUUUACACCACCUUGAACCUUUUCUAAUCACGUUUUAAUGCUUUUUAUAAAGACUUUCUUAAAGCUGGUGUAGUGGCUCUUAAAGGGCCAGUACACCCAAAGACAUAUCUUCUCUUCCUUCUAGUGGUAUCUAUCCAGUCAAAUAGAUUGGGUUUUAUUUGUCCAAGUUUGGGGAUGUCUGCCUCCACCCCAAUACAUGGAGGUGAAAGGAAUUUAGUUUGAGCUGCUUACAGCUUUUAAACUUGACAAACCUGAAUAAAUAAAACCAAAGCUAUCUGACUGGGGAGAUAGUACGAGGGGGUUAGGGAGAGAGAGAUUGCUAUUUUCUUUUUUCUAAUUUGGGUGAAAUUACCCUUUAAACCCAAAUAUGAGGCUUUGCACUUUUCCCUCAAACUGCAUCGGUCACUCUCAGUGACUUUGUCCACUUCAACGCUGCACUUUUAUACAGUAUCAUUUAUACUUGCUAUUAAAUUUGAAAACGCCCCACUGCAUUUUACUUUCAGUUAUAAAUUAUACCAGCUCUUCUUUCACAUGUCUAUGAAGCCUACUGGGGGUUAUAUAUCAUAAAAAAACAUUUAAAAACAAUAUAUUGUGGAAUCGGGGCAAAGAUUGUUAAACUGUAAGGGGAGAAAAUAUUUUUGGGAGAGUUUCCAGUCUAUAUACGCCAGUCCCUGCUUUCUUCUAGCUGCAUUACAUUUGUUUUUUAAGGGUGUUUUCAGUAAAAAGAAAAUACUACUGAGUAUUACAGUAUAUACUGUAUAUUUCCUGUUUUUACUGUAAAGGCCAUGAUUACAUUCCCAAUGCCUUACUUACAAAACCUACAAAAUUCCCCUCAAACUAUACGCACAAUUUACUUCAUGAACUGAGCUGCUGCUUUGCUGUCCUGUAGGUGGCGCUGGUUGGCAGAUAUAUAACUGGUCUGAUAAUAACUGAACAACUCCUCCUGUUGGAGGAUUAGCGGAUUUAUGAACGCCAGAUUGUGGUAACGGGUGCUGCAGUGUGCCACCAGAAUAAUUAUAUAUUUUAUUAUUAAAUAUAUUUUAUUUUGACAGUGUUUGAUUAUAAACAAUUCAUAUUAAAGUAUUCUAACUGUAUUCAAUUUGUAUUUAAAUGAUGCAGUAACAAACUCAAAGUGAAAAUAUUUAAAAACACCAUUAAAUUUGCCAAUUUAUUUCUAUUAUUUUUAUAUAUUAUUUUUAUGUCCUUAAACAAUUAAUUAAUAACUGAAUUUUAAAAUAACUGGCUUUUAAUUACUAAAUGUAUUAAUCCUAAUUUUACUUAUAUUAAGUUUACUACUCUGUUGACCUAUUUCAUCUCCCUGUUCAUGUGCAGUUUUUCCUCAUAAAAUAUUUACAAAGUUGAAUAUAAAGUUAAUAAUUAAUUAAAUUUUUUUAAUCAAUGUUUACAUACAUAGCAGUCUUCUUCUUCACUGACUGUGUUGGUGCAUUACUGCCACCAACUGUAGGUUAGUGGCCCAGUCAUAAAAACACUGCUCCAUAGUGCUACAAGUGGUCAAAACCUCCACAGGGUUCCUUUAAAUUAAAGACAGCUGGCCAAUCAGAGCUGCUGCUGCUGUCUGGAUUUGAAUAUAUUGAAUCUUAAAGUGUUACACCACUGAUGCCUCAUUUUAAAAAUGAAGGGAACGGUCACUAAAUUAAAUCAGUAUGUUUUUAAACUUAUACUUGAGUUAUACAUUUUACUAUAUAUUAUACCUAUUUAUUAAUUAUAGUGAAAGAGUCUAUAAUUAUUCUGAUGGCACUCUCCAGACACCCCAGUACCUGCUGUUUAUUAACUGAGAACAAAUAAACAUGAAUGUUAAAUCAGAUACAAACUACUUAACGUCUAACCCUGAGUUACUACUGUACAUCGUCCUGUUUGUACGUUACUCAUGUUAAGAAUAAUAAAGAUCUAUUUCUUGUUUAUAGAUAC